AUGACCGACCAAUUUCAACUGGUCGUUGCCAUCACGUUGGCCAUAUGCACAUCGGCCGUGACUGAGAAUCCUAUCUACGAAGAGGCAUUGGUUGAGGCAACCCGCGAGACACUAGAGUCUGCGAACGAGCAUACCAAUGUCGUCAAGUUGAGUGGCGCCAAAAUGGCAUUGGACGACGGUCUGCACAUGUUUCUCAAUUUUCGACAAGACCUCACCACCGACGACCCGGCGAUAACCAGGGCCUUUGACGAAUGGCAAAUAGUUAACCACAAGGAGGUGUUCUCCAAGCCUCCCGGCGGAGACCCUGGGUUUCAAGUCAUCGUCACCCGAGAUACUCUGAAGGCACUUGGGCGUGGGUUUGCUCGGGACGUCCUCAUGAAGCAGUAUCAAUAUACCGACACCUGUACGAGUAACCCGAAAGGGUGGGACGCCAUUCGGUCGCUGGAAUAUCUGAAACUCGGUGCGCUAAGCGCUCCCACGGGCGAGGCAUUAGACGAGGCGCUUCAGCAAAUUACAGCAGUCAUCACAUCGGAGGCGGCUAUUGACCUCUGUGUCAGUAUUCGACAGUCAAAAUUCAUGACCAAGAUGUUGGGAGACUUUAUCAAGGCCAUAAUGGACGAACCAUCUCACACCAACCCACGAGAGUCGGAGGAGAUGGACGUUCGACCUGGCACAGCUGCCGUUGCAGACAUUGAAGACGAAGCCGAUGGGGCCUUUUCAGAGUCCGAGCGAGUUGAUUGA